GCUCAGAGGUCUUUGAGGGGUGGGUGGGAGGAAAGUUGUGUGCAGGGGGAGGAAGCUAAAUUCCUCUCGAUGCGAAGAAACAACGUAAAGACUGAAUAACAAACAGGAAAUGCCUAACUCGGCUGCACGGCGGACGGGCGGUGCAGAGCGCUGAAGCCCGCUGGCAGCGCAGCACCGACGGGCGCGUCGGCAGCAGGACCGGUCCCGCCACCUCUGCCUCCGCCCGGGCCGCCGGGCCCGCAGGAGCCCAGGCAUGGCUGCCUCCUACUGGAUGCUGACAGCUCUCUUUCACCUUGUCGGCUCUUCCAAUGUUGAUGUGAAAAAUGCAAUGACUUUCAGCGGGCCUCUGGAAGACUUGUUUGGGUACACGGUCCAGCAGUAUGAAAAUGAGGAAGGAAAAUGGGUACUUAUUGGUUCACCAUUAGUUGGCCAACCUGAGAAAAGAACAGGAGAUGUAUACAAAUGCCCUGUAGGAAGGGACAACCAAUCGCCCUGCAUAAAACUGAACUUACCAGCUUCUACUUCAGUUCCUAACGUCGUGGAAGUGAAAGAAAACAUGACUCUUGGAACAACCUUAGUGACUAACCCAAAAGGAGGCUUUCUGGCAUGUGGACCACUUUGGGCUUAUAAAUGUGGGCGUUUGCAUUAUACAACUGGAGUUUGCUCUAAUGUGAGCUCCACUUUUGAAACCAUCGAGGCGAUUGCUCCAUCUGUGCAAGAGUGUAAAACACAGUUGGACAUUGUCAUAGUCCUCGAUGGAUCCAACAGCAUUUAUCCAUGGGAGAGUGUCACAGCCUUCCUGAACAGCCUCCUGAAAAACAUGGAUAUAGGUCCUCAGCAAACACAGGUUGGAAUUGUUCAGUAUGGACAGACUGUAGUCCAUGAAUUCUUCCUGAAUACAUACUCAACAACAGAAGAUGUGAUGGCUGCAGCCACAAGAAUACGCCAGCGGGGGGGCACACAAACUAUGACAGCGCUGGGAAUAGAUACAGCAAGGAAAGAGGCUUUUACUGAGGCCCACGGUGCACGAAGAGGAGUACAAAAAGUAAUGGUUAUUGUGACUGAUGGGGAAUCACAUGACAACUACAGAUUACAAGAAGUGAUUGAUGAUUGUGAAGAUGAAAACAUUCAGAGAUUUGCUAUUGCUAUUCUUGGCAGCUACAGCAGAGGAAAUUUAAGUACUGAGAAAUUUGUAGAGGAAAUAAAAUCAAUUGCCAGUAAGCCUACUGAAAAGCAUUUCUUCAAUGUCUCAGAUGAAUUAGCUCUUGUAACUAUUGUUGAAGCACUUGGAGAGAGAAUAUUUGCCCUGGAAGCAACAACAGACCAGCAGGCAGCCUCAUUUGAAAUGGAAAUGUCUCAAGCUGGUUUCAGUGCUCAUUAUUCUCAGGAUUGGAUCAUGCUUGGAGCUGUUGGAGCAUAUGACUGGAAUGGCACAGUGAUCAUGGUGAAGGACAGUGGUAUUUCAAUGCCAACUAAUGACACUUUCCGUGAUAGGCUCUCAGAAAAAAAUGAAGCCCUUGCAGCCUAUCUAGGAUAUACUGUGAAUUCAGCAUUGACACCUGGUGGUGUACUGUACAUAGCAGGACAACCACGAUACAAUCACACUGGCCAAGUUGUCAUCUAUAAAAUGGAAGGAAGAGAGGUACAAGUACUUCAGAGGUUAAGUGGAGAACAAAUUGGGUCAUACUUUGGGGGUGUUAUUACCACAAUUGACAUCAACAGGGACUCAUUUACAGACCUUCUUCUUGUUGGAGCUCCUAUGUAUAUGGGAACGGAGAAAGAGGAGCAAGGGAAAGUAUAUGUUUAUAGUCUGAACAAGACCAAGUUUGAAUAUCAGAUGAGUCUUGAACCUAUAAAGCAAACAUGCUGCUCGCCAUUAAAACAGGACACCUGCAAAGUUCUGAAGAAUGAGCCUUGUGGUGCACGCUUUGGGACUGCAAUUGCUGCAGUAAAGGAUCUCAACCUUGAUGGAUAUAAUGACAUUGUAAUAGGUUCUCCCUUAGAGGAUGAUCAUCGAGGAGCUGUUUAUAUUUAUCAUGGCCGUGGCAACACAAUCAGUAAAAAGUAUUCACAGCGUAUUGCAUCAGGUGGAGAUGGAGAAAAAGUGAAAUUUUUCGGCCAGUCUGUGCAUGGAGUAAUGGAUUUAAACGAUGACGGGUUGAUUGAUGUCACCAUUGGAGGCCUCGGCGGGGCUGCCCUCUUCUGGUCUCGUGAUGUGGCUGAAGUAAAUGUUUCCAUGCAAUUUGCACCGAAAAGCAUCAAUAUCCAACAACAAAAUUGUCAGAUAAAUAAAAGAAAAACAAUAUGCAUAAAUGCCACAAUUUGUUUUAAGACCAGACUAAAGUCAAAAGAAGAUACAUUUGAAUCUAGUCUGCAGUAUUGGAUUACUCUUGACUCUCAGAGGCAAAUAUCUCGAAGCUUGUUCACAGAAAGCCAUGAGAGGAAAAUGCAAAAGAAUAUAACUAUCAAAGAUUCAGAAUGUAUUAAACAUAACUUCUACAUGUUGGAUAAGCCUGACUUUCAGGACUCUGUAAGGGUUUUGCUGGAGUUCAAUUUUUCUGAUCCAGAGAGUGGACCUGUUCUUGAUAGCAACCUGCCAAAUUCAAUAUCUGAAUAUAUUCCUUUCACAAAAGAUUGUGGAGCCAAAAAUAAAUGCAUUUCAGAUCUUGUUCUGAGUGUAAAAGCAAGCAUAGCUGGAGACAGCUCUUCUCCAUUCAUUGUAAAGUCACGCAAUGAUAAGUUCACCAUUCAGCUCUCUGUGAAGAACAAAGGAGACAGUGCCUAUAAUACCAGAGUUUUGGUUCAAUCUUCUCCAAAUAUUAUUUUUGCUGGCAUUGAGGAUAUACAGAAAGAUAGCUGUGAAUCUAAUCACAACAUCACCUGCAAAGUGGGAUAUCCAUUUCUAAAACCUGCAGAAGAGAUUUCUUUCAAAAUAUCAUUCCAAUUCAAUGCAUCCUAUCUUCUGGAAAAUGCUACUGUUCAUGUAUAUGCAACAAGUGACAGCGAAGAACCACCCGAGACCUUGAGUGACAACAGAGGACACGUCACAAUUCCAGUUAAAUAUGAAGUAGGAUUGAUAUUUGUAAGUGUAUUCAAAGAGCACCAUGUUAUAAUUGCAGCAAAUGAUACCAUCCCUACUGCUAUUAACACAACAGAGCAGAUUGGGGAUGAAGUUACUUUACAUUAUAGGAUUGAAAAAGGUGAACACUUUCCAAUGCCAAACCUCACAUUGCAGAUCUUAUUUCCCAAUGUGACAGAAGCCAAGAACACUCUUCUCUACCUCACUGCGUUAUCACAUUCCCAAAAUGCCAUCUGCCAAAGUAGUUACCCUGUAGAUCCCUUAAGGAUCAGCGCUGGGAAACCAUUUGUGUUGCCAAAAAUAAAAGAACCUACAAAGGAUACAAUUAUGGACUGUGAUACAUACAGCUGUGCAUAUAUUUAUUGUGCAUUGGUCCCAUCUGACAUAUAUCAAGUGAAUGUUUCAUUAAGAGUAUGGAAACCUACCAUCAUAAAAGCAACUAUUCACAGCUUAACCCUUGUUGCGAAAGCAUUACUUAGGAGUGAGAACUCAUCACUGAUUUUGAGAAAUGACCAUCAAAAAGUGGAGACCAUGAUUAAGAUUUCCAAAGAACUCCCACCAGGUACAGUCCCCUUAUGGGUUAUCCUCCUGAGUAUCUUCGCUGGACUCUUGAUUCUUGCACUGCUUAUAUUUGCUUUGUGGAAGGCUGGAUUUUUCAAGAGGCCACUAAAGAAGAAAAUGGAGAAAUGAAAGAAAAAAGAAAAGCAGAAAUUAUUGCUCAGGUCUGCCUCAAAAUCGUUACUGUAAAAUUAUAAACUUAGAUAUACAUACAGUGGUCACAACGUUUUCUAAACUCUGGUGCAUCAACAAAAAAAAGGACAAAGAAACAAACAAAAAAAAGCCCAAGAAGCAGAACAAGAAGCAGCAAAUCAAGCACACAUGCAAAGGAAUUAUGCAAAAGAACUAACAUUCUUAUGACAUCUUGUGAUAUUCAAGGACAUGCUUUCAAGUGUUACUCAUUUUUGGAGAGGAAUUGAGUUCAAAGAUUCUAAGAUAUUUUAAUAUGGAAAAUGCAUAAUAUUUUUAUAUACACCUAUGUAUGUUGAAUUUCAUUCCUGUAUGUAGCAAUCCUGGUCUUUUUUAUCACCUUCUAAUUUUGAAAAGGAAAACGCAGCACUUUCAAAAUGUUCUCCUUAUGUCAGUUCUGUGAGAGCAGACUGUCAGUUCACAAAGCAGAACAUGCAAACUUGUGAGGAUGCACCAAAUACUAUAUGGUAAAUGAUGUAAUGACAAUUCAGAAGAUAGAAGCAGUUGCAAAAUUUGGGUGAAAAUUACUGAAAUACCUUGGACUUCUCAUUCUUAUCAUUCAGUUAGUCCAGCAAAACCCAGGAUACUCCAAGAAAUAAAUUUUCAUGGUCAAGUGGACCAUAAAGGAUUCACCCAUUAAAUUAUAUAACUGUUUGAACUUGAAAAAGAUUUUUGGCAGGCCUAAAAAUGUAUGCACAAAACAUUCGAGCCCAUCCAAUUGCACACUGUACUCAAAUAACCAAGGGCACAAUUGUGUCUGCAAAUUGAAAUGUUCAUAUUUAUGCAGAAAAUGUUUAGAGGUACCCUGAAAGUUUGACUCUUGCUGUAUAUCUUGGAGUAGCCAGGAGGGUGCUUCAUAAUCUGUCACUGUAAAUUUAUUGUGUAGCUAUUUAAUCCAAUGCAUUUAAAGUGUACAAAAUUAUAAUUAACAAAAGCACAGAUAGGAAACUCAGCACUGGCAAGCUUCUUUUAGUAUUAUAAGUCACACCUCAUCUUUGUUACUUAUGAGUUUCAGAAGUGAUGAAGAAUUUGCAUACUAAAUAAGCACUUAACAAAUGAUGUUUAUUUUGUGUCAAAGAUUAAAAAUUUAUAUGAGAAUACACUGAAAUGUAGAUAGCAAAAGAUGGCUUUAAGCCUAUUUAGAAUAUUAAGUUUCCUCCUUUCUUUGCCGCACUUGUGUUACUUCCAUAAGGAUCUCUCCCUGGGGCUUUUGGACCGUGCUUGGUUCUUGAGAGCUUCCUAUAUUACCCGCAAACACACAAAAUUAACAGGAGAAAAUUGAGGUGUUCUGGCAAGUGUGAUGUUGUCUCAGCAUGAGACAACUCGGUAUUGAUUGCCAAUAGAUCAGAAAAUGUUGAGGAGAUGUACUAUACAUUCUACAAGAUGUACUUGUUUGCAGAGAAGUUUUUGCCUUGCCAAGGAAGCCAGGAAAAUUUGUUCCUCUUCUCGGUGCAAAUGUUACAGAAAUAAAAAAAAAACAUCGCAGUUUUAACUUAGUACUGACCUUAUAGUAAUAUCUUAAAAAGCAGUAAUAUAUUUUAUAAAGACUUUUUUUAAUGAAGAAGAGACCAUAGCUUAGGCUGAACAUGCUGGCAAGUACAACUCUGGAAGUGUGCCAGAAGGUGCUUUAUUGUUGGAAAGACAUUCUUAAGACAUUCUUAAGUUCCUUCUAUUUAGUUCCUAAAUUAGAGAUUAAUUAUUGGGAAAGGCUGAGACUUAUGUGAAUGCAGCAAGUAUUAUAGGAUUAAGUUUGAAAGUGUUUGCAAUUUCUCCUUGUGUCUGUGGGAAAGGUGGUUAUUUCACAACAGCAGUCUGCUGAAGGUAGCAGCAUGACUCAGAGGAGAGGGCAAAGCCUCCGUGGGAACACGGUGGGUGGCUGCGCUUCGCGGAGCCUCAGGAGCCACCAAGUUGUGGACUGCCUUGCCAUGCUUGUCUGCAUGCCUGAAAACACACCCAAUCCUAAGGAGGAUGAGGUGAGUUGCCCCAGUUCAGAGCACAAAGGACUUGAAAAGAAGCAAAAUAUAACAUAGAGGAGCUGUGGAUAGCAUCCCUACUUCAUAGAAUCAUAGAAUCGUUUGGGUUUGGAAGAGACCUUCAAAGGUCACCUUCUCCAAACCCCAACCUCAUUCAUCGUGUGAGUUAAAUAGAAAGCAAAAAUAAGAUAAAUUAAUAUUUGCAGAGUUGCUUUCAGUCCCAUGGAAGAUGCAAGUUUUAUUUUAAGAAAAUGUAUGAUUUAGUCAAUUUGUUUGAAAGAUUUGAAUAGCACUUGUCACCGUAGCAUCUGAAUGCCCCAGAACUGUAAUUUUUUUUUCCUUAUGGUAUCUUUCUAAAGGCAUAUCAAUGCUGUUAUGCUAUUAUGGUUUUGUAAAGGAACAGACUUAUGAAGGAAUUAUGACUCACCUAUACACACACAGAAAGUCUGUGGUAGCAGAGGAUAUACUUAUAUUUAUUAUUAUUCAGCCAGUCUGCUAACCAUGAGGUCAUUUUUCUGGGCUUCAUAAACUUACUCAGAAGUUGUGCAAGCUACACAUCCUUUUUAUGAAGCAUACUUUUAUUUUGAUUAAGUGUUUCACUUUUUAGUUAUGAUAAACUGUAAAGCAGAGCUUUUUACUUUUUCUGAUGACAUUUCAUGUCUUAUUUUAAAGCAUCUGCCUAACUGAAGAAAUACAAGUCAAUAGACCUAUUUCCCUAUAUAAAGGCUAUGCAAAAGUACAUAUUUUACCAACGCAAAGUAUGUUUGAGACCACCAUUCCAUUCUUUUUAGAGUUGCUUUCACUGUAAAAUCAGUAAUAAGCUUCAUAUAACCACACUGCUUUCCUUUUUUUCAUGAUGCUUUUUCCCUUUUCACAUUUGUCCUAUUAUCAGAUUUUCAAUUACAAUAUCUAUUUAAAAUAUAAGUAUGUAAAGGGGAUACCACUAUGGCACAUUAUUCUUAUACAGUCUAGAUUAGUAAAAUCUGUAUUUUUAUCCAUAGAGCCUUUCUACACAGCACUGCUUUUCACUAUAUACAACAGAAAAGCGUACUGAAAGCAAUAUUGCAAACAUCAGGAACAUCUCAUGGGAAUUUGGCAGGAACAAACAGUAUCAGAACAGCAUGUAAUCUGUUUUGUACCUAUAAAAAGAUGAAGUAGGGUUGUGAUAUGAUUCUAACAACUAAUAAGCUAAACAAUUUUCAUUCAAAUAAAAACCUGUAAAAAUAAUAGUAAUAAAUUGAGUGUAUAACUUGUGCUCAAGUGACAGAGGGAGUCUGGCCCGACUCAGUUCCUAACUUCAGCACUGAAGUAGCUAAUCUUAGAGUGAACAGAUGAGCUACGUGUCUACAGCAUAAAAGUUUUCUGGAAAGGAGCAAAAGCUUUAAACCAUCACUCCUGCUUCAAUUCAAGGCUGUUCUAGAGGUUGUUGAUCCCACAUGUAAUUUUAGAGGAUUUAGAAAACAACAACAUUAGAGCAAUCUACCUGGACUGCUGCUUAUGUUCCUGUGCUUGUCUGAUGUCACUCAAGGUCUGUAUUAUGAGCCCUUGCUGCAGACACAACCCACCUAUCCUGACCCCUUACCUGAUUUUUUUAGUACAUAUCCUGUCCUGAGUCAUUUUGACCAUGAUAUGCCUUUUCUAUCAAGCUUGAGUAAGGGGAAU